UAUCUAUUGACCAAAUGCUUAUAAGCUACUACCCCAGGCCUUCAUAGAUGGGCGAAGGACCUGAGGAUGUAACAUACAUCCCUUGCUUCCAUGGUAAAACCGAGGCUUCGCCCUGAUUUGUCUUUGAGCGUUGAGGAUCAGAACGAGCCGCCGAAGUGGCGCCCACGGGGCCGGUAUUUGGGAGAUCAGUGUCCACAUAAACACAAUGAGUCUAGGCAUCGUCUAUUUACCUUUCCCGACCUCGGCCGGAUUAUGGCACCAUCAGUGAUUCUCCCAAUGAAUCUACUACCGACGAGUCAGGAACUUAAUCCCUGGGCUUUGAUUGGCGCACAGCACUUGGUUAUCCUAGGUUUUAGCCUAGGACCACAAAUGAUCACUCGUGCAGCCCCAAUGCCAAUUCAGUUGUGCUAUGCCCGGAUAAACGAACAAACCCUCUUUUACUCAAAGAAGUUCGUGAGUACUAAAUGUGAAACGAAACGGCUAAUGGGUACUUGGGUCCAGGGGUCCGUCCACUUUAGGAGACCAACCGAUCACGACUGAUAAUUUGUCCUUCUCUUUAACAUACUUCAUACGUUCUAGCCUAUGGAGGUUCGUGUUUGACGCUCGGUUGGCCUUCACUCCUUUUGUCCUGCUCUCCGCGUCCCCUUUCUGAAAAGAGGAAGGGAGGCGGUCAUCAGCCGCG